GAAGCAGAAAUCCCUCAAGAGGUGAUCGAAAGGCUGGCUCACAGCGAGAUCCACAGCAUCCGUGACCUGCAGCGCCUCCUGGAGAUUGACUCCGUAGGAUAUGAUGAUCCGUCAGAGACAAACUUGAUAUCGCAUAGCAUCCACUCUGUCAAACACGGGCAAGAAAAUCGUCCCAGACCUAUUCGCAGGAAAAGAAGCGUUGAGGAAGCCAUUCCUGCCGUCUGCAAAACGCGAACCGUUAUAUACGAGAUACCUCGGAGUCAGAUCGACCCGACGUCUGCUAACUUUCUGAUAUGGCCGCCGUGCGUGGAGGUGAAGCGUUGCACGGGCUGUUGCAACACCAGCAGUGUGAAAUGCCAGCCGUCGCGGAUACACCACAGAAGCGUCAAGGUGGCAAAAGUGGAAUAUGUUAGAAAAAAGCCAAAAUUAAAAGAAGUCCUGGUGAAGCUAGAAGAGCACAUGGAAUGCACCUGUACGUCGUCAAAUUCUAAUUCAGAUUUUCGAGAAGAGGAAACGGGAAGGCCUGGGGGGAAAGGUAAAAAACGGAAAAGAAAAAAGUUAAAACCCUCAUAAAAAAAUACUGCCGAUGACCAGAUGUAAGGUGAAAAUAAGCUAGAAAACAUUUCUCUCUGGGACAUGGAUGUACAUUGUUUGUUACAUUCCUGAACCUACUGUGUAUGGUGCUUUAAUGACUGUAUACUUCAUUCAUUCUCCUGCGUUGGGGAGGGAAAUUGUCUUAGAGAAAGAGAGAGAGAAAGAGAGAGAGAGAGAGAGACUUCACAAGAACAAGAGAGACAAUGUACAUUUGUUUAAUACGACAUCAAAGCAAGUAUUGUAGCACUCUACGAAACAAUGCGAAGUUUCCCUGUCCAAAACAACAACAACAAACAACCCAAGAAAGACAACUUGAGAAAAAAUAAUAAUGGCAUUGGUAGAGGAAUACCAAGAGUACCCUGGCAACACGACAAAAGACAAUGCUAAAUUAAGUGAAGAACAGAUUUCCUCUGAGAAGCACGGUCAGUGGUGCUUUCUCUUCCGUUUGUUUUUGUCGAGAAAUGUGCCUACAUUCUUGAUGAAGAUGGAUGGACAUGGAUGGAUGGACACUGAUGGAGUUUAGGCACACAUACAAAAAUAAUAAAAAAAGGAGGAAUGUAUCAAACGCCACAGCAGACACUUAUAGAAGCAGUGCGAUUUUGCUUGACGGUAUUUUAACGUCUAUACAAAAAAAAAAAAUCCUUCUGGGGCGCCUUAAGUGGAUGUUUUGGUUUUGUUUUUUGUUUUUUUUACACCAUAAAGUUAUUAUUAAGCUUUCUUUUUACUCUUUGCCUAGCUUUUUAUUAUCCUUUUUGGACUACAUUUACCAAUAACCCAUAUAGAAGACUGCUGUAGCGAUGGCGGAAUGGGACACACAGACAAGUAUGGAAUUUCUCCUAGCGGGAUGCAAACUAAUGAGAUGUAUUAAAAUAAAAAUGGUAUACCUAUGCAUAAUUUUCUAAAUGUUUCUUGGUUUAUGUCCCAUUUCCUCUCUCCUCCCCGCCCCCCACCUCUCCCAUUCCCACACACAUUAUUUAAAACAGUGGCUUUUCAAAAGUCUUGCCAGGGUUUGUUUGGUUUUUUGUCGGCGAAAAGGAUUGUAAUAAUGGAAGGUUGGGUGCCGCUGAUCUUCCUCUGCCAAGUACAGCCACAGAGCAGAGAUCAGGUGGAGGUGGGGUGGAUUCGUCAAGGCAUUUUUGUUAACGAGGCAACAGCAAGGCCCAGUAGUAUUGGCCCUUGUGUGUGUUAAAGGAUGCCCGAGAAUAUACCCAGAAUCCUCGGCAACGUGCAAGAGUUUUGUGGCUGAUGCCCAAGAGUUUCCUCGACAAGACAGGUCAACAGAUCUUCCUGAGGGGAAGAAGUUUGAAAGUCACUGCUUUAUUUUUUAGAGACAAAAAAAAAAAACCCCAGCGCCACAACUCCCUGAUGUGCAUAAGCAACCUUUGGCUAUAUGC